AUGAAGCUAUCGUCGAAACCCAUGUCGAGUCCGGGUCGUGCUGAGAAGUAUCCGCCACCAUUGAUGCGGUUUUUGAGAAGCAAUGUUGGGAGUAGAAGCAGGGGAAGGUCACGUACAAGCCCAAUGUUCGUUAGGAAAAAGAAUACCGCCAUUGAAACCCAAGAGCCUUCUUCGCCUAAAGUUACUUGCAUGGGUCAGGUUCGUGUCAGGCGCUCCAAACAAACCGCUUCCAAAUCCAGUCGACCCGGACUCCCGACUCGCCGCCGUAGCCGCUGUAAAUGGAUCAGAAACGCUCUGUUUUGUCAUCAACUCCCUGGGAAAGUCAAGGCCAAGCCUGGUUUUCGAUGCUCUUGGAAGAAAUUGGGGGCGUUUUUCCAUAUGGGGUAUUGUAGAAAACCACAGAAUGGGGAAGAUUCAUCGAAAUUUGGGAUCAAAACUGGAGAUUCCGUACCAGAAGAAGAAGAAGAAAAGAGUGAAGAAAAUGAGAAGGAAGCUAAGAAUUUCGCAUCUUCUUCCUGUUCAUCGCCACCCAAAAAUGCAUUGCUUUUAACACGUUGUCGAUCUGCUCCGUACAGAUCUUCUUCUUUAGCUUGUAGGUUUUGGGGAUCGCCAUUUGCUAACCAAGACAAAAACGAAGAAGAAACAGAGGAAACAAAGCUAGAAAGCAGAGGAUUCAAAGAAGAAGAAGAGAAUCCCAGUUUGACAAAAGUGUCCCUUUGCAGAAACUCGGAGCAGGGAACCCAAAUGGAUUCAGAAAAUCUGGGAUUUUGCAAGGGUAUUGAAGAGGAAAAAGUGGUGUUGAAAACAGAGCAAGUUGGGGAUGUACGGCCUCUAAUCCUCACAAGAUGUAAAUCAGAACCGGCGAGAACAGCCGAAAGACUCAAUCCUGAGAUGAAUUUCUGGAAGAAAAGAAAAUUGGGUUUCACGUGA